AUGGACCAAGUGUCUCAGCCGUAUGCAGGAGAUCAGGUCUCUUAUGAGGAUCAACUCCCAGGUCUACCAUAUCCUGAAGUGCCUGUUGUUACUUUGACGGCUCUUCCCAGCCGAGGCGGGCACCUCCUAAUACACCUUCACCCCGCUGAAUGCCCGAGUUUGCUUGCUAUGAUGAGAGCAAUCGUCGUAGGCUUCACAGUGCGCUUUUCGUCUCCUGAAAGAAAGACAAGGUCCGCCGCUUCUCUGGCAAACUACGACAUCGCACGAUUGGAAGCUUGGCAUCGCGCGCGUGAUGACCGUCCAAACCUUGUCGUAUUCCUGCACGAUUUUGAGCAAUUUGAUGUGGGAGUAGUCCAGGAUGCCUUCUACAUCUGCAGGUACACCCGUUCCCUUGCAUGUACCGCGCGUCCCUUGGUCUUCGUCCUAGGUCUCACGUCGCCGUCGACACCAACACACCUCCACAAGGCCUACUCACGCUCGACCCUCGCGCUUCUCGCGUUCGAGCAUUCAGUGCACCCUCCGACGUUCUUCGAUCCAGCAUUCGAACCGGACGUCAUGAUCGGGCCCGCGACCCUCGACUUCCUACACGACUUUACAUCACGCCACACCGCAUCGCUCGAUGCGCUGUACACAAUCUUGCAGCGUUCCGGGUCGCUCAACACCGACGCCGACGCCCUGGCCGCCUCGCCGGACGAACUCCUCGGCGCAGUGAACGCGGCCCGGGUUACCUUCCGACACAGGGCGCGCCAGCUGCGAUUCGCCGCUGCGCUGCGCGGGCGCGUGGAGAAGGACGUGCGGUACCUCGGGAUGGUUGUGAAGAAACUGUCGGCAGCACAGCUCCUAGCGCUCCUGGAAGAGCUGCUGGCGCUGUUUGAGCGCGGCGACGAGGGCGGGGCGGGCGCCGAAGAAGAGAGUCCUCAAGCACGCAUACAAGGCUUCCUUGCCCAGCUCGCUCGGACGCAGGAGGACGAGGAGAUGGGCGCGGAUACGGACGCCCCGGUGCAGCAGGCCCUCACGAUCACUGAGCUCGCGGUUGUAACCGGCGACUGGCUCGUGCAGUUUCUCGAGCAACGCUUCGUGAGGCUGGACGAGGGCGCCCUGUGGGACGUGUGGUACAUGGGGAACACGCCGUUCCCCGCUGAGCUCAUCAACCCCGCGCCCCGCCUGGGCGUCGUCUCCGCGCUCCUGCAUCCCGACGACUUCGUGCACGCCCACGCGGAGCUCCUCCUUAUGCACGACGCCCGCGCACCCGCUCCCCCCGCGCCCAACCCCGCCCCGGAGCUCGACCUCGAUUUCGCGCUGGAAGAGGAGGGAGAGAGCGGGGGCGCCAGCGAGAAUGCGCCGGCGCUGUGGCAGCUCCCGGACACGAGCAUCCUGUUCCGGCGGUACGCGGAGGCGGGGCGGAUGGUGAACGUGUACGACUGGUUCCAGUCGUUCGCGGUCGUGCUCGAGGACCAGCGGCGGCAGCUCCGGAGGCUCGACGCGGCGGAAGAGCGGGCGCGGGAAGAGGGGGGCCGCGGGCGGGCGGGACUGAACGGACGGGGGAACGGCGGGGGUGCGCGCGCGAGGAAGGGGAAGGGGAGAGGGAGGGGCGGACAGCGGGCGGCGUUGCAGAUGGAGGUGGAGGGCGAUAGUGAGAGUGGGCGGGAGGAUAGUGCGGGUGAGGAGGAGAGUGAGGAGGAGGAGAGCGAGGAGUGGCGGGAGGAGGUGCUGGCGCGGUUCAUGCGCGCGCUGCAUACGCUUGACUAUAUGGGCUUCGUGAGACACACGGGGCGGAAGGCGGACCAUAUCAUGCGGACGACGUAUGACGUUCUCGAUUAGCCGUGUCUCUCGAACGUGUCACUAACUCUCGGGUCUGGCAUCUGUGUGUUGUUCCUCGAUGUCCUUGUCUACAGGCUUCCAGAUUUAUCAAAGUGUAUGCUAGUCAUGAUACAGCCCUGUAUGCUAAAGAUACAAAU